AUGGCCGACGGUCUCCAGAUGGGAAACCUUUCCAUUAACGAAUCUCAGCACGCGCCCCAGGGAGCCAGCAACCCCCCUACUGGCCGCGCUGCCUACAUCCCUCCCCACCUGCGCUCGCGAGGUGGUAACGCUCCUGCGGCCGACGCCGGUCCAGCUCCCGGCCCCGGCUUCGGUGGCCCUCGCAACGGUCCUCGUGGUGGUAACUGGGCUAACGCUAAUGCUCCCGACUUCAGCCCUCGCGGCCCCGCAAACGGACAAGGCUCGUACAGCGGCGGCGGCGGUAACUACAGCAGUGGUGGUGGUGGUGGUGGUGGCAGCGCUCCUCGUGGCUCCGGAGAUGGUCAGUGGCGCGAUGGCAAGCACAUCCCCGGUCCUGCCAACGCCCGUGUUGAGCGCGAGCUUUUCGGUGUUCCCAACGACCCCUCCAAGCAGCAAACUGGAAUCAACUUCUCCAACUACGACGAUAUCCCCGUUGAGGCUUCGGGUAACGAUGUCCCCGAGCCUGUCAACACCUUCACCAACCCCCCUCUUGACGACCACCUCAUCUCUAACAUUAAGCUGGCUAGCUAUGUCACUCCUACCCCUGUGCAGAAGUACUCUGUGCCCAUUGUCAUGAACGGCCGUGAUUUGAUGGCCUGUGCCCAGACCGGUUCCGGAAAGACUGGUGGUUUCUUGUUCCCCAUCCUUUCCCAGGCCUUCCAGAACGGCCCCUCCGCCGUCCCUGCUCAGGCUUCUGGCCAGUUCAGCUACGGCCGCCAGCGCAAGGCCUACCCCACAUCCCUCAUCCUUGCUCCCACUCGUGAGCUGGUCUCCCAGAUUUUCGAUGAGGCCCGCAAGUUCGCCUACCGUUCGUGGGUCCGUCCCUGUGUCGUGUACGGUGGCGCCGAUAUUGGCUCCCAGCUCCGCCAGAUCGAGCGUGGUUGCGAUCUGCUCGUUGCCACCCCCGGUCGUCUGGUCGACUUGAUCGAGCGUGGCCGUAUCUCCCUCAUCAACAUCAAGUACCUUGUUCUUGACGAGGCUGACCGCAUGUUGGACAUGGGUUUCGAGCCCCAAAUUCGCCGUAUUGUCGAGGGUGAGGACAUGCCCCGUGUUGAGGACCGCCAGACUCUCAUGUUCUCGGCCACCUUCCCCCGUGACAUCCAGAUGCUUGCUCGUGACUUCCUGAAGGACUACAUUUUCCUCUCGGUUGGUCGUGUUGGUUCCACCUCCGAGAACAUCACUCAGAAGGUUGAGUACGUUGAGGAUGCUGACAAGCGCUCCGUCCUGCUUGACAUUCUCCACACCCACGGUACCAGCGGUCUUACCCUGAUCUUCGUCGAGACUAAGCGCAUGGCCGACUCUCUCUCCGACUUCCUCAUCAACCAGCGCUUCCCUGCUACUGCCAUUCACGGUGACCGCACCCAGCGCGAGCGUGAGCGUGCCCUGGAGAUGUUCCGUAAUGCUCGUUGCCCCAUCCUGGUCGCUACUGCCGUUGCUGCCCGUGGUCUCGAUAUCCCCAACGUUACCCACGUCAUCAACUACGAUCUUCCCACCGACAUUGACGACUACGUCCACCGUAUCGGUCGUACCGGUCGUGCCGGUAACACCGGUAUCGCCACUGCCUUCUUCAACCGUGGCAACCGUGGUGUCGUCCGUGACCUGCUUGACCUCUUGAAGGAGGCUCACCAGGAGGUUCCUGCUUUCCUGGAGAGCAUUGCUCGUGAGGGCUCUGGCUUCGGCGGCCGUGGCGGUCGUGGUGGUGGCCGUGGUCGUGGCUCCUCCAACGCUACCCGUGAUGUGCGUCGCUUCGGCGGUGGCAUGGCCGGUGCUGGUCCUUCUGCCAACUUCAGCAGUGCCUACGGCGGCGGUGGUUCCUCCUACGGUGGCAGCAGCGGCGGCUACGGCGGUGCUGCUCCCUCCUACGGCGGCAGCGGUGGUGGUGGUGGUAGCUACGGCGGCGGUGCCUACGGUGGUGGUGGCGGCGGCGGCAGCUACGGCAACCCGUCUGGCCCUACCGGCCCCUCUUCCUGGUGGUAA